CACGUGGAGUGUGAACGCUUCCAAGCACCUCAGUGCCAGGCUGUGUUGGAACCAUGUUUGGGAGGUUGACUGUUCCACAGAUGCUUUUUGCGACCGUCCUUGGAAUCGCUGGAGGAAUAUAUAUUUACCAACCAAUAUUUGAACAGUAUUCCAGAGAUCAGAAGGAAUUAAAAGAAAAGAUGAAAUGGGCCCGAGAAUCCCAAGAGAAGAAAAGUUAAUGCUACAUGAAGUGGAAUUGGAACAGCUGGUCAAACGUCCACUGAAAACAUACAUUGAUUAUAUACAAAUAAAAGAGAUUUUAACCAUAAAUAAACUAUAAUAAUUUAAAAUGA